CAAGUUUAAUCAAACUCAUUUAAAGCGAGCCUGCUGUAUAAUUUACUAUGGAGAAACGAUCGUAUAGCGAGUAUGAUCCGAAGUCUGUCUCUGUUGCAGGAAGCAAAAGAAAAGCGAUAAUUGCUAUUGACCAAAGCGACAAUCCUUCGUCAACGCGAAAAAUUGCCGGCCACUCUAGCAGUUGGAGUAGAAUUGAAAACCAGACGCCGACCAUGAAUCUGACUCAGAUUGAAGGGCAGCCUAUGUCUCAGGAGGUCGUAAUGAGUAGCUCUCAAGACGUGGAUGAUCCAUUGGCCAAUAAUCUACAAAGUUUAUUGGAGAUAUGGAAUAAUAAUGCGACGCAGGGUGAAUUAAUUUUAGUUGACGAUGAUCAGUUUUUGUAA